GAAAAUGGUAUGUUGCUGAAAGCGUGUAAACAAUUCAUUUUCAAACACACUCUGUUAUCUGUUAUCUGAAGUAUUUGCUUAGUAAUGAAGAAUUUAAGCUGAAGGUUUCUGGUAGCACAAGCUGAACUGAAAUGAUUGUGAUUAUUGAUGUCAAAUUAGAAGAGAGAGACGUAAACGUUUCCAUGGCAUAUUUAUGGUUGUUUAUGGUCUUCAUUGCUAUUUUCACUUAUUUCUUGCAUGUAAUGGGAAGUCAUUGGUCGAAGCAAUUAUUUCGUAUCAUGUUCAAGCCUAAAUCAAUUCAGAAUGAUUUAAAGAAGCUCACAAAAGUUAUCCAUCCAAGAAGCCGAAAAGCCCAGCAGCUUACAAAGAAGAUUAGCAGGAUCUCAGCACGUGAGAAGAUUAAGCUAAUACAUCAAGUAAGGCAGAAUUUGCUGGGGGAGAAGUUACAAUGGUUCAAAGACAACCUUGAUGCAAAUGCUGCCCUGUGUACAGCGGAAAUGCUUAUGGAACUUAUUGAACGGUACCUUCACAGAUUUGAUGAUGAGUUAGAACAAAUAGAACUUAAAAGAACCAUUGGUGGACAUAGAUCACGGCAGCAUGCCAGCCGUGAGGAUAUAAUUCGUAUGACCAUACUGAAAGAUAGAGAGGAUUAUGAAACUGGAGGUAUAGAACUUCCUGAUAUUCUUGCAACCAGCCAGUUGGCAUUGUUACGUCAGUGGCAAGGCGAGUUACGCUUCCUACAAAAGUUCAGACUUAGACUGUUUUCAAAACGUUUCUUGUCCUCCAUCAUAGGAAAAUCAGUGUCAAAGGAGAAACCUAGCUCAGAGAAUCAAAGUGAAUCAUCAGAAAGUAGCAGUAUAAAUAUCCUCCCUGAAGAAGACAAAGAUUCAACAUUUCCAGCAACUGAUGGAAAUGAGAUUGCACCAAAUAAAACAGAGGCUGCAGAGGAACAUAUGGAAACUGACACUUGAACCUCGUGCAGGAUCUGAAACAUGCUGCGACAUUCUGUGUUAUACCAGGAUAAUCUUGGUAUGCUCCAUGAAGACAGACACAACUCAUCAGUCCAGUUAUUUUUCACGUCAUUGUGGACAGACAAUGUCUUGAUAUUAUUAAAGAUAUGCAUGUUUGAGUUUGUGACUCUGGGCAUCCUCUGAUUCCUGCUUUCAGUAUAUAUAGUAUUUAUUUGUUCAAGGUUGAAAUGUUAAUAGCUACUGUAAAUAAAUGUUUAUUUCUUAAA